UGUGUGUGUGUGUGCUGCUGUCAAAGGAUGCACACUAAAGAGAGAGAGAGACUCAAAUAGGAAGGACUAUGUGAGAAAAUCUGAAGGGCGACACAAUUAGACAAACACUCGAGACGGCAGAGCGACAAAAGAGUGAGAAAGAGUGAUGAUGAGGAGAACCGGGGGAGCGACGAGAAGCCGAAAGCACGAAGAACGGCGGACGAACAUGUGUCAAAAGGAAAUUAAGCGGCAAUGACUGACUCUCCAGCGAAACCCAGUGAGCCGUCAUGGAGGAUCGUUCGUCCACGCAAUCCUUCUCCAACCUGCACCACCAUCACCGCCGCCCGUCCUUUCCCCUCGCUCUGCCCAGCAUUCAGAGCUCUGAUGUGGGAUACCUGCCCUCUCAGCCUCCCCAGGAUCCCUUGGAGCAGUUUAGCAGUAGAGGGGAAGAACCCACAACCUCAUUCUUGACAUCGAACUCCUCUUCUGGGGCAAGAAGGGCGAGCAGUGGGGCCAACAGGGUCUACCUGAACACCAGCAUGAGCAGCUUGGAUGGAGAUGCUAGCUUCGGAGGCCAUCUCGAUGGAGACAACGGCCUAGGCGGCCAUUUUGAUGACACUUGGUAUAGCGGCAUCAAGAAAGAAGCCUGGGAUGACGCGGAGAGCUGUGAAAGCACGGCGGAGGAUUUUCAUGGUAAAGGCGAUUGCUACGGUAACACAAAUGACGUUUUUUACAUGACGAACUGUGCAAGCGAGGACGGAGCGAGGCGUCGAGUCAGAGCAAACUAUAAUAGUUACGACCACGCUAGCUGUGAGGUUAAAAGUGAAUCAGUUUACAACAGGGAGGCCAACAUGAGCCACUUCACCAAACAAACUACUUCCUACAGCAGGAGCGGAGGAGGAAGCUUCAACGACAGCACUGUAGAUUACUGCAGGACAGACUCGAGGGUGAGCGAUAAUUAUUUAGGCGGAGAAGAAGAUUACGGGUCCAGCUGCGGCUCAGGUGAAGAUCAGCUUCAGCCAGCAGAGCUUGAGGCUUCGUGGCUCAGCGUCUCUCCCUCGACUCAGGCAGAAAACAGGUGGAGAGCAGCAGCAGACGGCCACAGUUUGGCCUCAGGAUGCCCGCCGCAGAGAGCCCUUGCGCACAUCAACAGCAGGACGUACACUCAGAAGCUGGACUCCUUCUCUGAGGCUUUCCUCUCCCAGCGGAAGAGGAGAUUCCCUGUGAUUCCCGCUGGAGAUUCCUCUGGACAAAUGUGGGAAUUUGGAGGCGGGAGAGGAGAAACCCCGGGAUUGAUCAAGUCGAGGCAAAUCUACGGUAUUGACUCAGACUCCUACCAGCCUCCCUCCUCCUCCUCCUCCCCCGCUCACCCCUCUCACCCGUCCUUCCCGUCUCCUCCCACAUCGUCUCACCUCAUGUCUUCAGUUCUCAGUCCCCCUCCCACACCUUUACCUCCUCCGUCCCACUCGCCCUCCAAAAUGGACUCCCCCGGUGCGUUCGGGAGCGUGGGACAUUCAGCUUCUCAGGGAGAAUCGCUCGGCACGCUCCAGUUUUUCACCCCUCGCCUUCAGUCCGUGCCACCUGGGAUGAUUUGGAAGUUUCCACUGCUGCCACAUUGCUUCUCACAGUCGUCAGGCGAGCUCAGCAGCACUGAAUGCAACGUACGAUCCUCCCAUGGUGAUGACUACGGACACAUCCCAGCCACGCGCGACAUCCUUCAGUGUCCCGAAUCGUCCUUCCUCGCUUCCUCGUCCCAUCACACGUCCCUCCAUCCGUCCAGAGCCCUGUGUCCCUCCAGCGGUCCGUCCCUGCAUACCUCCUUCCAUCUUCCCCCUCAUGCGUCGCACCUCUCUGAGCAACGCCGCGAGGUGGUAGAAAAGAAACCUCCUGAUGUGGUGGCCCAGAAAGUAAAGAACGGAUCUGCCAGUUUGAUCCAAUCACAUCUGCAGCAACAAGCCCCUCCAGUCUACACUGGAACACCAUUUCCCAGCAUCCUUCACACCAGCAGAGGUCAGAAGAGGGGUCGCUACACUCCACGGCCUCUCCUCAACCCAGUCCGCAAAGGGACGGGGCUCUACUCGUCCCUCUCAUCUCGCCAUCACCGAGGGGAAGAAGCAGCAUGCAGAGAAGACGAGGAGGAGUGUGGUGUGUUACCACGUGUCAACGUGGGUGCUGACUUCCAGGCAGAUCUUCCUCCGUGCUUCGGGGACAACAAAUGGCCGUCGGCGUGGUCACCGCAGGAAGAAACUCCUCGGGAACAGUUGCUCUGGAAACCGUGGGACAAGCUGGAGGAGAAUGCCCACUUACAAAACCAAGUCGAGAAGCUGUUGUCCAUGUGUAGUUCCAGCUGCCUGCCAGGAGGAGGCAGUAAUACCGAGCUGGCGCUGCACUGUCUGCACUCUUGUCAAGGGAACACAAUGGCCACACUGGAGAUGCUGUUGUUCUCACAGCCCUCACCGACAGGAGACUACCACUACUCUGGCUGUGAUUCUUGGACAGACACUGAAAAGAGUCUCUUCAGUGCAGCUCUCGGGACUUACGGAAAAGACUUUUCACUCAUAGAGAAGACGGUGAGGACAAAGACAGUGAGCCAGUGUGUAGAGUUUUACUACCUGAGCAAGAAGCUCCUGGACAAGCAGAAGAAGCAGAAGGAGGAGGAGGGCAGAGAUGGAGCGCUGGAGCAGCAGAAACAUGUGACGCCCAUCUGUCAGCCAAUGGGCAGGCAGUUUGCGCUGGAGGAGGCGGUUCCUGUGCCCCCAUUGGCCAGCUUCUUCCCCUGUAAGCUGUGUGGAAAAAUGUUCUAUAAAAUCAAGUCCCGCAACGCCCACAUGAAGAUCCACCGGCAGCCUCAGGAGGACUGGGUGGACCGGCGGCUGCAGCAGCAGCUCCUCACCCAGCGCAUGGCCCUCAGUUGUCCCACCAACCUCAUGCCCACCACAGCCAGCAACCUGCUCCCACCACAGGCUGCUCCAGCUUUGACAUUUUCCCCCUCAGGUCUCACUGGAGGGUCCAGCAGCAGCAGCAGCAGCCAUGCAGACCAUAACUCUGUAACCAACAGCAACCCCAUCACUCCUACCAGUGCCAGUGUCCUGGAUCCCAGCACCGCUGUAACGUACAGCAACAUCGCUCCUCCAAACUCUCAUGUAAUCACCAAUGUUGACGGCAGUGACUCAAAUCAAACAGAGCCCAGCUCUGUCUUACCCUUCCACCAGUCGUGGGGCUCCUUUGGACACCUUCCAGACCAGGCUACGUUCUACUGCAACCCAGCAGUGAAGGAGGAAGUCGGAAGUGGGACAGUGGCGGGAAAAGAGCCCAUCGACUGGCAGUAGUGUUCAGCUCCCUGAAAGCAUUACAAUCCCCGAGGUAUGAGACUUGUCACGCUGGAUUUUUAAAAUCAAACUCAUUUUAUUCAAACUUCAGUACUUUUUUGCAAAAAAAUUAAAAAAAAAAAGGUUAUUUUUGAUCAGUUUUUGUUGUAAAUUUUGUACUUAAAUGUGU